UACUGCAAUCCAAAUGAGCGACGAAAAUGAUAUGCUGCAAAAUGCAGGGGAGACAAUCAAGCCAUUUGUUCCAAUGAAACAUCUACCACACCUUGUUAAAUCUCUGUACGGACUGACAGUAGAGUCCUGCAAAGAAUUAGAUAGUUAUGACGACAGGAACUAUCACGUGAUUGUUACGGGCCAAUCAGAAAACCCCUACAUAGAUCAUACUAUGCCAGAUGGUUAUGUCUUGAAGAUUCUUAACAAAAUGCAGUCCAAGAAUCCUAUAUUUGUUGAGGCUGUGCAUGCCCUUAUGGAACAUGUUGCCAAAAAAGGCGUGUCAAUUCCUAAAGUGAUGAAAAAUUUGAAAGGAGAAACGAUGUCACUGGAGAAAAUAUACCAUUCAGAAAACAUAACAGAUUCAACCCCUUACCAUUUCUACCUUGUCCGUCUGUUGACAUACAUUCCAGGAGUUAUCUUCCUUGAAAAACCAACAUUGCCAAGAAGUCUAUAUAACAUUGGAAAAUCACUUGGAAAACUGCACACUUCCCUAGAGGGUUUUCACCAUCGAUUCUUCGAUAAUUACAAAUUCAUGUGGAAUUUGACUGAAGUAGAACGUUUGCGUGACUUCUUAAUCGGAAUACAAGAUGAGAAGCGAAAAGCACUGAUGAUUGAGGUCAUAGACACAUUCGCAAAAGAGGUUAUUCCAAAAUAUGACAAACUCACGAAAGGAAUGAUUCAUGGCGAUUUGAACGAGAGCAAUAUCAUAGUAAAAGAUUGUCCUGGACAAGACAAUGUACCGCCAGAGUCACGUGUUUGUGACGUAGCAGCUAUUAUAGACUUCAAUGACGUUGUGUUGUCUUACUUGGUUUUCGAUGUUGCCAUUUGCAUUGCCUACAUGACCAUAAAAUGUCAUGAAAUGGACCAAAGAGAUGUUGGAGGACAUGUGCUGGCAGGAUAUUUAUCAGAACGCAGUUUAAAUAGCACAGAGAGGGAGGUUAUGAAGAUCUGCGUCUGCGCAAGGAUUGCGCAAUCCUUGGUCAUGGGAGCGUACUCCUAUUAUAUGGAUCCCAACAACACUUAUGUCCUUAAUACUGCAACCCGUGGGUGGCCGUUGAUUAAUAUGUUGUGGGAAACACCAAAAUCUGACAUUGAUGCACGGUGGAAUACGAUUAUAGAGGAGUACAACUGAUUU